AUGUGGAAGAAAGUUCUGAAAACUCGGGAGAUAGCUAAGAAGUUAUACCGAGUAGAAGUUCGAAAUGGGAAAAGCACUUCUUUUUGGCAUGAAAGUUGGUCAUCUCUUGGAUGCUUGAAGGAUUUACUGGGUAAUGGUAAUCCCUUUGAUUUGGGAAUCUCAAUUGAAGCUACAGUGGAGGAUAGCUGGAAACAUAGAAGAAGAAAUCACCGUGUUCUUAUUCUAAACAGAGUAGAAGAAGAGAUUGAGAGUUGCAAAAUUAAGAGAACGCAAGAGGAGGAUAUGUCAUUGUGGAUGAAUUCAAAAGGUCAUUACAAGAGAUCAUUCUCUUCUCGUGAAACAUGGAGAGCUACAAGAGAGAUCCAUCAACAAUGUCAAUGGCAUAAGGAGGUUUGGUUUAAAUAUGCCACGCCAAAAUACUCUUUUAUAUUAUGGCUUGCUAUGAAAGGAAGAAUGACAACAGGGGAUCGCAUGAGAAACUGGAAUGGUGGAGCUAACAUAAACGUAUCUUGCGUUCUAUGUAAUGAGCCACUAGAAACAGUUGAGCAUCUCUUCUUUGAGUGUAUAUAUUCAGCAGAGAUUUGGGAAACAUUGAUGAAGGGGGUUCUACUAGAUAAACUUACAGUAAAAUGGGAGGAGUUGAUGAGAAUAAUGAGAGACAGUUCGAAUGGGAAGAUGAAACUGUUCAUCAUUAAGUAUGUGUUUCAGACUUCAGUAAACAUGAUAUGGAGGGAGAGGAACAGAAGAAGGCAUGGAGAGAAGGCCUCGACAACGAGUUUGCUUAUAAAGCUCAUUGAUAAAAAUUUGCGGAACAAGCUUACACUUGUGCAGAGGGAGGGUGAUAUGGAUAUUGGGAAGGGGAUGGUCUAUUGGUUUAGCACAAGAUAG